GAUUAACGCGGCUUUUGGGAGAAGCAGGCUUUCACGUCGAUACAGAGGAUGUCAAGUGUCAGGUUUUAGGUAAGUUCAUGCGCUGUUAUUGACAGGGUUUACUUGGGAUUAUAUUUCUUUGUUAUGCCCAAAAUAAUUAUAUAUCUAUCUAUAAGAUAUAUCUCCAGGGGUCGGUUGUUCAAAGCUGCAUGGGUUAGCUUAACCCUAGGAUAACUUAAAAUUCAAUUGCAAAAUAAACUUUCUGACAGCUUGUACACCCAAUGAGUACAAAAUUUUGUAUACAGUAACAAUACAAUUUCCAGAACGUUGCUUUUUCGUACAGGGAAGGAUCAAUAGUUGUUACAUACGUGGCUACAUUUGAUCCAGCUGCAACCAACGAAACUGCUUCAACUAUCCAAGCGGCCAUACAAGAAGCGCUUUUGGUGAACGGUGCUGGAACCUUCCUUGGGCAAUAUCAACUGCAAGGAACCAGGCAGACUGCCUUAACAUAUCAAGGUAAGUCAAUCCUGUCAUCUCGUGGGGGAGAACCGCUUGUCCUAAAAGCGUAUGAUAUACUAAAAAGUGUGUAAAAAAACAUGGCGCUAGCAAAGUUUCCCCUAUUUCAAAUCGUUUUAUACCCCGAUAAUAAACCGCUUUCGAGUUUUUUACAUUUCUUCUCAAAUGGAAUUGUAGUUCAAAGCGAAAAAUGAGCUUAUUUAUGCAUGGGCGUUUAUUACCAUAGUUUCAAGACAGCGAUAUCGUGCAGGUUUCCCUCCUGUUUUGCUUAUGAAUUUCUGAUUAGUCUGAGAUGCAUAUUAUGAAACAGCACGCUGAGGUAAGCGAUUGCCUUAAGAGUAGUAGCAAUAAGGCGAUGUGAAACAUAAAUUUUACCUCAUUUUUUUAUAUUCAGUUAUUGUAAGACUAUACCACAUGCAUGUGAUGUUACUCUGAGUGUAUAUCCACACCGGGCAAGCUUGAAAACUAUGCCUGUCCACGGUGGCAUAUUUUUACCGCUUGCUAAUGAUACCGCUUGCUCAUCAUCGCAGGCUCAUUUGCAGAUAACUCAGUUAUCCGCCUCGCAAGCGCAUUUGCAGAUAACUCAGUUAUCAGUACGUUACACCAACACAGAAAAAUCAAUAUACAAUAUUGUACAUCAUUAUUAAUGUACCAAUACCUUAUACUUAUUGAAUGUUUCACAUGUAAUUCUGCCGGGUACAACAUUGGGCUUCUGCGUGGAAAAUAUUCGUUUGAAAUAAUUAAAAUUAAAUAUUAUAGUAAAUAGAUGCAAAAUUAUUUCAGAUUAAAUGCUUACGAAGUUGCAUUCCAAAUUAGGAACAGUUUGUUACUGCGGUUAAUAUGACUUCGUAUAUAUUUUGUUGAGCAAAACUUUUGCAUGGUGGGAAGAUAAGUUUGUUUCCGCGGCAAGAGUGGACGAACGGCGAACUUUCCAGGAAAGAUGGUAAUUUAUUGUGUUGUAUAAACAGAAAAAUGCAAUGUUAUAAUUGUCCCAAAUAGAUUAUGAUGAAUGUAAUCCUGCAUCGAGCAUUCAUAUUCAAGACUGUGGUACAAUGACAACUUGUACUAAUGAAGUAGGAACAUAUUCAUGUCAAUGUGCUACUGGUUAUGAAGGAACUCCGCAUAAUUGCACAGGUAUGUAUAUGAGAUGCAAUGCAAUAAGAUAUCCGAUAUCACAUGUGUGA